UGAAAGGUGCAGAUCUUCGAAUGUCUCUGUGUACUAUUCCUUUCUUCUAUAAACACAACAGCAAAUAAGAAAAAAUGGGUAGAAAGACGUGUUCCGUGAAGACUUGUUUCAAUACCUCAAAUGUUAGUAGGAAUCGACAAUUAUCCAUGUAUAGCUUUCCAAUAGAUACAGAUCUAUGUGAAAAAUGGGUUGAAUUCUGCAAAGUAGACUUGCUGAAUGAUCUCUUAGUUUUGCGAGGAUCUGCAUUUCUACACAAGACGAAUUAUGCUGUAUGCUCUGAUCACUUCGAAAGUAAAUUUUUCAUCAAUCCUAAUCUCACCUCACAAGGAUUACAUAAAGGAAGUAUUCCAACAGUUACGAAAUUACUUGCAAUUAAAGCUAUCAGGCCACAGACCCAAAACGAUCCAAAAUCAAGCGGUGAUGUUGUUCAAAUUGUUCGUGACACUGAGCGUCAAACUGCAAUGGAGGAACGUGUUCGAGGUACAGAUGCUAAUACAAUAGAGCACCAGCCCACCCGAACAAAAAUAAUCAAUAGUGCAACAGCUUCGAAAGGAUUUGUUUGCGGGUGUAAAGAAUUAAGUUUGUAUAAAACUAAAUUCAUAGCCGAGCGAAGCCGAGGAGCUGAGUUGGUUAAAAAAUAUAAUGAAAUCCGAGAGAAAAAGAAAAAAAUCACAUCCUCCUAUACAGACCAUCAACGGGCUAUCAAACGAGUAAGUGACAGCAUCGAUAAUUUCAAAGCCAAAAUGAGACGAGCAGCUGAACAACGUGGUAUUGAUAUCAAUUUAAGUGCCGAAGAAAGUUCUGAAGAUGAUGCUUCCGACAUACUAUAACCUUCAAUAAAAUAGU